ACCGUCAUAGUUGCCUUUGGUGACUCUGAGCUGGGUAUCACUAUAGCUGUAUCACGGUAUUAUUUACAGUGAGACUUUUCCUUCUAAAUAUUAUUGAGAUUUAGUCAUCAAAUAGAGCUUUCUAUUUUACACUCUAUCUAAUCAUGCUGAGUGUAAGAAUUUAGUCUUUGACAGCCGAGUUCUUUUUCAUGCGAAAUUAUCCUUGCCAAUAACCUUUUUAAACCCAGAUUUCCCUAUAAAUAUUUUGACUUUUUACCUUUUUUUUACUUUUCUUUUCUUUCGCUUUUCUCUUUAUUCACUUUCUAUCGAAUCAAGUAAAACAAAAUUACAUGAUUGAUAGAAACUCCAACAAGCGAAAGCGAUUGACAAGCGCUAUUCGAUCGUACUUACCCUCCUGGUAUGAACCAGUUGAUCAGGAGAAUAACAAAGCAGACACAAUCCAUCAAUUACAAAUGAAGGUGGAAAAACUUGAAACUGAGAAACGUGAUCUUAGUCUACAAGUAGAGCGAUCAACAAUCUCACAUGAUUUGUCAAUCAAAGACAGCACAAAAAAAAUUGCAAAGCUCAUCAGUGAGCGAAACAAUUACAAAGCACUGGCUGUCCUGAAUCGAAAACGCGCAGCCGUGUCAACCCGGACUUUGACUGCAGUAAAAAAACUGUUUAAUGAUAAUACGGAAAAAUUAAGGAGGGCAUUCAUCGAAAAGAGGGAACUCGAAUAUGAAGUCAGCCGACAAGAGUAUUAUCAUAAAAAUUAUGUAGAAGAAAAUGAACGUUGCGCAGCACAAAAUAAUGUGACGUUUAAAUACUACCAGAAUUUGACUGUCAAGCUUAAAGACGACCUUCAGCUCCAGGAAGAAAGGGUUAAAGAUUCCACAGCAAGAGAACUUGCUUUAAUAAAAAGAGUUUCCGAGUUGGAAAGUCAGGCUGCUCAAUCGGCUACAGGCACAACAAAUGGUUUGGAGGACUCACUUACAGCAGACUACACACAUGUUUGUAAUAAGUUAGCUGAAAUCCAAACAGAAUAUAAAAAACUCGAGGAGGAAUUACAGCACUUUAAAAGCCUAAACCAGAAUAUCGAAUAUUUGAAAAAAGAAAAUAAUUCGUUACAAGAAAGACUGAAAGGCUUAUCAGACAUCGAAAAACAGAAGCUGUCUGUAGAUAUUGACAACGCUAAUCUUCGAGCAGAGAGAGACUCUUGGACACGUUACUUGAGCACCGUUCCCGGCACAAUAGUCUACAACUUGACAAAGCAAGCAGACCAAGCAGACUAUUUUCAGACAAAAGCGACAUUCUUGGAAAAAGAAUUGCUCGAUAAAACAGAGCUUUUAAAAUUGAUGGAGAACCACGUCCGUGAUGUCAAAGUUGCAAUUUUAAAGAAAGAUCGGGAAAACGUCUUGUUGUGUGAAGAAAACAAGUUAAGCAGCGAGAGAGAAAGCAUGCUUAAGGGACAUAUUGGUAUCUUGACAUCUCAGUUACGUCUCUAUGAUGAAGCAGAAGUAGCCGAGUCUGAAACGACUAAUGAUGAAAUGAAGACGCUGCGUAUUUCCCAGCUCGAAGAACUUUUUCGUAACGUCCAGAAUAGAUUCGUUGAAGAGGGUAAACUUUACAUCAAGACUUUGUCAAUGACUUUUUCUCCUCCCGUCGAAAACGGUCCUUAUGAAAAGCUCACAUCUGGCGCCAGAAUCACCGAGUUCUUGGAGAACAUUUACAAUGAUAAGGAAUCAGCUCUCGAAGCUUUCACGGAAUUUAAGAAUGAAGUUAAGCAGCAUUUCUCACUUAAUUCUCGUAUGAAUACUCGGGAAGAAGAAAUCCCCAUCAAACAGGAAUCACUUCCAUCGCCUGUACAAGAAUCAUACCCAUUCGUGGCACCUAUCAUCACACAAGAGCAAUCACCGUCACCGCCACCUUUACCCACACAGGAUAUACCCUCUGGUACGCAUGUGCAUUCAUUCGAAGAUAAUCCAACUUCUCAGAUGCUCGCAAUCCAUCAAAAUCAUUUGAACAGAUUAAAAAAGGAAAAUAAGGACUUAAUACAAUUACGAUUGGACGAAAACCCCAAUGUCGACCUUGUGGUCCUUCCCAAAACAAGCAUCAUCAAUCUUUCUAAAGAGCUGGAUAGAUUUCAAGCCGAACGUGAUGUACUUUUAAAGCGUUUCGAUAGAGCACACACAGUCUGGAAUGUAAACUUUGAUUCUGCAGACGAACCGGGACAGAUGGAGGUCGAAAGAGUGGCCGAAUAUAAUGAUGAAGAAGAAGAAUAUGAAGAGCCGGAUCAUCAUUUGGCUUAUUUGGGCUACAAAAGCGCUCGACAUGUGGAUACUAUGGAUGAGGAUGAACUUCAAGCGUAUGAGGAAGGCUUGUCCGGAUCCACGUUGAACGACUUGGAGGAUGAUGAUUCUGCUGCAGAAGACGAACUAGAUUAUUAUGAAUCAGGGGAUAGAGAAUCUAGCUACGACGCUGUUAUUUGAAUUACGCAUUAUAAUUUUAGCAGAAGGUGCACGAGACAACAAGUCUUGAUAAAGAGUUUCUUAAGUUUUACUUUAUAUCCAUUAUUAAUAUACCGCCUAUGUAUUAUCUCGCAAUAAAAAAUACUAGUUAAAAAUGUGAAUUAAGGACUGCAAGAA